AUGGAUACGACAGGCAAUAUGACAAAUCAGACCACAAUAAAUAAUUCAACAAUUCAGACAACAGAGACAACCACCAUCAACAGUACGACAACUCAGACAACAACAGUUACAACCACCGCUAGCAGUACGACAACUCAGACAACAACAGAUACAACCACCACCAGCAGUACGACAACUCAGACAACAACAGUUACAACUACUGCCAGCACGACGUCUAGUACUAUCUCUACCACCACCGACACAACGACCACAACAAUGAUCACUUAUGCUCCAACUGGUAUUUAUGCACUGCAAAUUUCACCAUGUGCUACAUGGAACAAAACUGGAAUAACGGUAGCUGGCAAUUCAAAUACAACAGCUGGCAGUGAUGGAGCAUCUCUCAAUGCUCCUGUGGGGAUUUUUCUCGAUAACAAUUACACUCUGUACAUUGCCGACCGAGACAACCAUCGAAUUGUUAAAUAUGAUGUUAAUGCAACGACCGGUGUUGUUGUGGCUGGUAAUGGAACUCCCGGGAAUAGUCCCAGUCAACUGAGAUUGCCGAAAGGCGUUGCCGUUGAUCAGAUGGGUGCCAUUAUCGUUGCUGACGGAGGAAAUUUUCGAAUACAACGUUUUCCUUUUGGUUCCACAGUAGCAACGACAGUAGCUAUCAAUAGUUCAGCAAAUUUACUUGGUGAUAUGCGAGAUUUACAUAUAGAUGUUAAUAAUAAUAUCUAUAUAACAGAUUCAGAUUACAGUCGAGUUGUUAAAUUUUAUCCAAAUAAUGAAAAUGGUGUUAUUCUAGCGGGCAACAGUGGAGCAGGUUCUGCAGCUCAUCAGCUUCAGGGCUCAUAUGGAAAUUUUAUUGAUGGCAAUGACACGUUAUAUGUAGCAGACUCUGGAAAUCAUCGUGUUCAGAUGUGGCCAGCCGGAGCAACAAAUGGAACCACUAUAGCCGGUAUCACAAAUACACCUGGUUCAGCCGAUUCCGGAAAUAACCGAAUUGUUAAAUGGACUAGUAACUAUGCAGCAGGUGGUACGUGUAUUGCUGGUUGUACUGGUUCAGUAGGAAAUGCAUCAAACCAAUUAAAUACUCCACGAGAUUUAAAAUUUGAUGCAAGUGGAAAUUUGUAUGUUAGUGAUCGAGAUAAUAACAGAGUUCAAAAGUUUAUGCUUGAAAUACAAGCAAAUUGUUCUAUUAGUGGUUAA